UCCCUCUCCCGUGCAGCCCCCUUCAACAAGAUCUGUUUAUGCAAAGAGACGGUGGAUUUUUUUAAAGCGAGAACAUCUGCAUAAUAACAGGAAAGUGGAUGAAACCACAUUGCUGGGCUCAUUUUUUGCGUUUUCCCUGGUGUGAAUGAAAGAGAGCGGCAGCAAAAGAAGAAAAAGGAGAGAGGAGCUGCAGGUUUUGGAAUGGGAGUGGAUCUGUCAGUGUGAUUUUGGGUAAACACGUUUCCAGUGUUCAACUUUUAUUUCUCCACUAACCUGGCGAGCUCGACCCCUCUCUUGUUGCACCGCGGAACGGAGAGACUUUCGUGCUUUUUCCCCCAGUCUUCAUAGGAACUGCUUAAACUUUCUAGGUUUAAAAAAAUAAAUAAAAAGAUCGGAUUGCAUUUUCCCCCUUCAAACAUUUUGGAGGUGAUGUCAUCUUGCAGUGUUUUGGCUGGUAUUGUGUCGAGGAGGCUAAGAGAGAAGUACUGCAGCCAGGCGGCAACCAGCGGCUGAGGGCGGCGUGCAAGUCCGGAAAAUCAGGUGCAAAGUGCGGCUGUCAUUUCCUCUCCGACUCCGCCACCCAGUCACAGCUGUUCCCAUCUUCUCAAGCCACCCCUCCCUCGUCCUUUCAUAACCCUUCAGUACACUCCCCUGAGCUGGACCGCUCCAGGACCUCGUCGACCUUUGUGACGGACACUGUUAGUGGGUGUCACCGGAGCAUCAGACCCUAGGAGGCAUCGAGAGGGACCAUGACCAAUGCCGCCUCGCAUCACCCUGCGCCCGCAGAGGCUACAUCUCCAACCGGUCAUGCUCUCCAGCAAUCUGCUCAGGUAGCCCACAACCUCCAACAGUUGCUGGACUUCCUCUACUGGGACUGAACCUGCCCUCCCGUUGUUUUCUCGGAUCGAACCCCUCCACUACCUUCCACGUAGAGCAACAUUCCACUUACACAUCUGACGGUUUAAACGUUACGCAUUGGAUUACGCACGCCAUUACGCACGCAUCGCAUCGUUCCACCGGGCUCCUGAGGGUCGCCAAUCUUUUUGGAGUUUGGAAUCUGUAAACAGUGCGCGCGAUUUCACCUGUUCUCUUCUGUGCCGGGGGCGCGCAUCGUUUAAGGCUCGACAUUUUGCGCCCCCGCCCACUCGCCUCCGGCGUGGACAGCAGCUGUUUGAGGUUGCCCUGCGGUCACAGUGGCCCGGCCACUCCGGCCUCAGACCCCAGCCUGCCCACGGCCGCAUAUUUAUCAUCCACGCUGUGGGAACUGGGCCACGCCGCCGCCGAUGCCAACUGGAGUGGCCGCUAACUCUUUGACUCUGCCUCACAUCCACCGGAUUUCAACAGCAGGGGGAAACUCUCCGGGCUGCCGGACUGGCUCAGGCCGAGCGAGGAGACUGUCUCUGGGCCAAGUUCCAUAGUGGAGGGGGGAAGCGAUGUGGCCCCUUCUUUCCACGCUGACCGUCUUAUGUAUCCAGAUGUUGCUGGUGAUGUGCAAUCCAUUACAGCAGGUGUUCGGUGUGGAUGGGGUCAACUUCAGUGUGCAUGUGGAGAACCAGACGCAGGUGCGAGACACCAUGAGUCGACGACACCACCGGGUUUACCAACUCUACAGUCGCACCAGCGGCAAACACGUCCAAGUGCUGGGCCGCAGAAUAAGUGCCCGGGGAGAAGAUGGAGACAAAUAUGCCCAGCUCGUAGUGGAGGCAGACACCUUUGGAAGCCAGGUGAGAAUCCGGGGCAAAGAAACCAACUUUUACCUGUGCAUGAACCGCCGGGGCAAGCUGGUAGGAAAGAAGGCCAGUAACAGAAGCGCCGACUGCGUCUUUGUGGAAAAGGUUCUGGAAAACCACUACACAGCUCUGAUGUCAGCACGCUACACGGGCUGGUAUGUGGGCUUCACAAAAAGAGGGCGCCCUCGCCGCGGUCCCCACACGCUCCCCAACCAGCAGGACGUACACUUCAUGAAGCGUUUCCCUCCUGGGGAGCAGCCUGACCUCACCACACCAUUUCGUUUCACCACCAUCAGCAAGCGAGGCAAGCGGGUGCGCGCUACUGGACCGCGCUAGUGAAGGGCCAUGCUCUAGUCGUCCUAAAAGCCUUGACCCUAAACCUGCCUAUGGCUGAACCAGUCAAACAAAAACCAAUCGCAUUCCACUGAAUAACUCCCUUUGUUGGGACAAACAUUGACCACAAAUUUGAUUAAUCAUUUAUGGGGUUUUUCUCUACACCAACCAUUUUGCCACUACAGCCCCUUUGUUAUAGAUUAUUCCUCGCAGAUUUUAUUCCUUUCUGGGACCCUUGGUGGUCCAUCACUGGAAGCGAUACGGACUUGGUCUGCUUCCCUUCACGGAGCAGAACUAUUGACAGAAUACCUGAAGGGCAGCCAAGGCUCACGGCUCGACAAAGGCCUUCAUUCCACAGCCACAAAAACCACAUGGCCUUUUACAUCUCCUGUUGUGGACCAGCUGGACAAUAUCAAGAAUGGAAUUACAACUGGACCAUGCAGAGAGAGGACAAGGGUGAAAAGGAGCAAGUGUGCGCUCCGUCUAAAGGGAAAAAGACUACAGUGUGGACGAAGGGAUGGGAUGAUCUACACAGAUCACACGGACCAAUAAACGGAUUGCUGACAUGUGACGCACUUAUUCCUCUCACCGCUAAAUAGGUGGGAACCUGUGAGAAUGACUGACGGGUGGAUGAAUGGAGUGACUGACUCACUUAAUACAUGCAUGUCUGUAACAUGAAGAUGAAGAAAUGUAUGUUUGCGUGUGUGUGUGCGUGUGCGUGCGCGUGUGUGUUUGUGUUAGCGCACCAUCAAGCGUGAGUGAACUCACAGCAGGGCCUGACGCUCGAGGAACUGGAAUGUAUAAAACAAAUGUACCAAAAAAACAGUCGCAGAAAACCAAACCAGUGAGCAACCAAAGACAAGUGAGGGGGCUCCUCCCUUUUUGCCAUGACCACAAAGGACACAGCACCCUCAGCUUGGCGGCGCAGAGAGGUGAUGAUGAUGAUGAGCAGCACAGAGGGGGAGCACACAAGGGAAGGUGCCUUCUCUAUAAGCAUUGCUAUAGAAACGACCCGGGGGACUACGCUCCUGUGCGAUACCGUAGAUACAGAAUGCUGCUACCAGGACAUUCAGUGGAACAAACCAAAGUCUCAUGCAUACACACAGGAGAACAAAAUAUUAAAGGGAACAAUUUAUU